AUGUUACCAAGCAAACCUUUACCACCUCCAGUUCCAAAUCCUCGCUUCACAGCUCCAGCGAGCUUUUACGGAAUGAAUGUAUACUACAAGUUCUAUAUCCAACUUAUUUGCGUUUUCGUGCUGGUUGUGCUCGCGAGUCUGAGAGUUGACGGACAGAGUACCAAUUCGGCUGAAUGUGUUACGAACUUUGAUCCAAAUACAGAUUACUUUCCCGUGAAGGCUACUGUCGAAACGGCCACCUUGUUCUCAAUCCAAUACUUCAAAUUCUAUAAACUUGUCACGAACAAAUUUACCAACGAAACUUUUGCGCUGUAUCAAUGCGGUACCCAGGUACCGCCUGCGACGGCCAUUCCGGCUGGAACGAAAGUUUUUGAAGUGCCGGUGAAGAAGAUGGCGGUCCUGGGUACUAGCAGCGUGGCAUACCUCGAUAUGCUCGGUUUGAGGUCAAAAAUAUCGAUAAUCGAUUCAAGCGACUUCAUUUCUUCUCCAUGUGUGCAACUUCUGCGGGACAAUGGCAGCAUUACCGCCCUCUCUCCAGUUGCAGCGAACGCUGCCACCCAACUUAGCACGGUUUCUCUUGUCAUCGGAGCGUCCACUGCGGAUACUACUAAGCAAACUUCCGUAAGCACCUCGGCCGAGCAAGACCCCGGCUCUUUGAACCGCGCUGAAUGGAUUAACUUCUACUCUACGUUCUUCAACGUUGAAGACCGUGCGAUUGGAAUUUUUAAGGGAAUCGUUUCAAACUAUGCCUGUUUUAGGCAGUUGGCUGUAGUAGAUACAACCAAACCAGUUCUCGCAUGGGUUGUUUAUGAUGCACCAAGUGAUUUUAACAAUAACACAGCAUCAUGGUCUAUUGCAGAUGCGCAAUAUAAAAAACAAUUAACAGAAGCUGCCGGAGCUGUCUACUUCAACACUUCCCAACUCAAGUACACUACCUCAUCAGAUUUUCUUACCGCAAUCGCUUCUGUGGACAUCAUCAUUGACGAAACAUUUAUUGCGAGUGACAUCUCGGAUGUUUAUCGCAAUUACGGACUUACGCCUGACGCGCCCUACAAGUUUGUCAAAAAUAAAAAAAUCUUCAGAGAAGAUGGGAUCACUAGCCCGACCGAUGGAAGAGAUUGGUUCGAACGAGCAGUGCCAAUGCAGGACGCUGUAUUGGAGGAUUUGAUAAAUGUGGUCAAUGAGAAGUUGCCCAAAAGUGGGUAUCAAAGAAAAUGGUUUAGGAAUGUCGCCUUAGGGGAAACGAAGACGAUUUCUGCUUCAGCGAAUUGUACUGAUCCAAAUGCAGCUACAACGGUAUGUAAUUUAAACUACGGAGGUAGAUGUUGUCGACCUCGGCUUCGUACACUAACCGAACAAAAAGCAUCAACUCGGCUGAAAAAAAAAUAUUUUGAAAACCAAAUAGUCGAGUAUUUAUCCGCCGUUAUACUUACUACGUAA